GCGAUAUCGAAUAAUGGAUAUCCAAUCAUCUUUUAAAAGGAGAAAAGUGAUGGCCAACUUGUAUGCACAGAAAGGACUAGAGAACUACUGGUCAAAACUAAGGAAUAGACAGUCACACCUUUUUGUCGAGAGUGAUAAAUGAACAUAGUAAGACGUAUACUCAAAAGAAGCAGACUUUAAGUAAGGAUGAUACCGUUCUUUCGUCGGCUUGUAAUGUUCUUGUCUUAUGUAGUGGCCAUAUGAAUCUUCUGUUAGUUCUUAAAUGAGUAUUUCUUCAGGGGAUAGUCUCAUUUUUGUCGAUCGUUUCAUGAAAUACUAAUUUAAUGUAACUGAUAAGCAUGCUUAGUUAAUUACAUCAUCCCUUUGCUAAUAUGCAGGCAUAGUUUAAAAGAGGUUUUGAAUGCCCCAAAUGUCAUGAGUAUGAUAAAAGAUACUAAAGCAGCUCAAGAGGUCCAAGCUCUCAAGGAUUUCUUCGACAUGCUCUCAAAUGACGAGACCCGGGCAUGCUAUGGACCUAAGCAUGUGGAGGUGGCCCAUGAUAGAAUGGCUGUCCAGACACUCCUUAUCACUGACGAUCUCUUCAGAAAUGCCGAUGUAGCAACAAGGCGAAAGUAUGUCAAUUUGGUCAACUCAGUGAAGAAUUCAGGAGGCACUGCUCAUGUAUUUUCAUCCAUGCAUGUGUCGGGAGAACAACUGGCACAGUUGACUGGGAUUGCCGCCAUUCUUCGCUUCCCUCUACCUGACCUUGAUGAUAUAGAGAUGUGAUCCUGUCGUUGCGAUAAGCUCGGAGGAAGACACGACAUAAGACAAGGAAGACGCAAUUUGUGUACAUAUUCUCUGUGGUCAAUUUCUGAGGGAAGACACAAUAGAAGAUGAUUUUGUCAAAUGUUCUAAUUAUGAACAGAAUCAUGUGUUUUAUAUCAAAGGAUGUGGCUUAUU